AAUGCCAAAGGUUUAGGGUUUUGAUGCUCCGGGGCGGAGAAUGUGGAGCACUGUCUCACGAUCACGACAAGGAUCGAUCAGAUUGGCCUGGAGAGGAAUUUUUUCUCGAGAAUCCAGAGGAAAAAACGAGCAUGUAUCCAUUUUCGAUCCAAGAAGAGGGAAAAACGAGGUCGUUACGAACUCCAUCGCCAUAUCUUCGUUCUCGUCAGCGACAGAGCAGGGAAAACGAUUCUUCUGUCGAACUUUUGUGACAAGUUCGUGCAUGGAGGCUCAAGCAAGGUGGACGAACCCACAAACUGGCGAGUACGUUGGAUUGAAUCUAAACGAGAACGAGAAGAAAAGGCGAGCGAUCGAGAAUGCGAAGCUCCUCCGUGAGAGAGGAGCGUUUAGGCAGCACAACAUGACCCCGGAAGCAAAGCUUAUGUGGAGGCUCGAAUUGACUAGACGGAAGCUUGCUCUCCAAAAGCAGCGGCUCGAGAGCCUGAAACUUCCACCGGACGAGGAGUCCGAGCACGAUCCAGAAAUACUCACGCCAGAGCAGCUCUACUCGCUCAAGAAGCUCGCAAACAUGAACAGGAACUACGUUCCGGUUGGAGUGCGAGGGAUUUUUGGUGGAACCAUCGAAAACAUCCACCAGCACUGGAAGUUCCACGAGACGUGCCAGAUCGACCUCCAUAUGUUCCACAAGAGCAAGAUCAAAGACAUGGCGGCCGAGCUGGCGAGACUGAGCGGAGGCAUCGUUGUAGACAUCAUAGGCACCACUGUCUACAUGUACCGAGGCAGGAACUACAGGCAGCCAAACGAGCUAAUUCCCGAGAACCAGCUCUCCAAGAGAAAUGCUUUGUACAGGGCUAGAUACAAUCAAAGCAAAGAAGCUCUGGAAGCUCAUAUGAGCAGACUGGCUGCUCGACUGGAGAAGAUGCGCCAAGAGUCGGACGUGGCUGGACUGGUGGAAAAGAUCGCGUUUGUGGCGCCUCCACUCAAGCACAAGAAGAGAGAGCCUCCGCGGCCAAAGUCCAAUCCAGCCGAGUACCAAGACUUCACCGAGGACGAGUUUGGAGGCAAGGACGACAAAACCGACACGGACGAUAACUUAGUGGGAGGAGAUGUUUCAUCCGACGAGUUUGAGAGCGAUGGUGAAUUUCCAUGAAGAGAAGAGUUAAAAAGAAAGUAAAAAAGCCGCGAAGAUCUGUCUACUAAGUUAAAAUG